AUGCGAAACCAUGUGAGGAAUGUGAUCGCGCAGUCGCGCACCGCACGCUACCUCCUCCGUCCCAUGUUGGCAUCCCACCUGCCUCUCCGUGCGAAGCUGUCCAUCUACAAGAUGUACGUUCGCACGCGACUCACGUACGCGGCCCCAGCGUGGUACGCGCUGGUCAGCGAGACGGGCCGCAAGUCGCUGCGAGCGCAGCAAUCUUUAGCGCUCCGCACCAUCUCCCGAGCACCACGCUUCGUACGGAACCAGGUCAUCGCCAGGGACCUGUGCAUGGAGAGCCUGGAUGAGUUCAUCCGCCGCCUGAGUGCCUCGAUGUUCGCACGCGCCGAUGGAGCGCGAGCCCAACACCUGCGGGGCAUCGCGCCAUACCAUCGGCGCCCGCCGGACGUCAGAGGCCUGCCACCUGACCUCUUGGAAUUCUAA